AUUCCAAAUAUAUUUCUUUUCUUAUUUUAUGUGAUUAAUUUCAUAUGGGACUAACAUUAUGAAACGGGGGGAGUAUUGUUUUUAUACAAUCAAUGGACAUACUAAAUGUAUUUAGGGAAAGUCUUAGUAUAAUAUAUGCAAAUUUCAUUAAUUUGCAUUUUGAAAAAGAUAAUUUCAAUUUUAUUAACAAAUGAUAGGCCACAUAGAGCAAGAUUACAGCCAUGGAAAAAAAAUUAUGAUUAUACUAAAACAUGCUAUAAAAUAGUAAAAUCAUUGAUAUAUAGAAAGCAAUUGUUAAGGAUAACAUGAUGCUUUUUUUAAUGACCAAAAACAAAUUUCCUACUAAAACUAAAUUAUAGGCUCUCCAUUUAAUUUAGAUAAAAAGCUAAAACUCAUUUACUCAAAAUCCGCCUUGUAUCGUGCAAAAAACUUUAAUCCCUGAUGAGGUAACCUUCAAUAGAGGAGAGAGAAUGAUGAGAAGAAAACUUAGGCCACAAUGGCCUUCCAAAGAGAGCAAAAAAUUGUUAUAAUUUCACCUUUGUUUUUUUGAAUAUUUUUUUUUUUUACUUUUAUCCCCCUCAAAAAAUACCUCUUUUUCAAUACGACGAUUUUUUUUAUUCUUUUAUGCAUUACCUCUUACCCAACUAAGAAUGAUUGAUUAAAAACUCUUAUUUUCAAUUCAAUUAGGGGGGGACAGAAUCAAACAAAAAUUAUUUAUUAAAAAAUAAUUCAAAAUGUUUCUUAAAACAAUUCCCAAAUUUCAUGUCCUUUUUAUUGUAAUAAUGGUGUUUUCUACCACAUUUUCCAUAAUAUUAGCAGAUUCAUCAAUUAGUCAAGGAAGGCAUAGGCGACUUCAGAAGGUAAUAAAGCACGACAUUAUCCGGUAUAGAGGGAUAUCCCACAAGGCCAAGUUAAGGUUGUCAACAACCCAUUCAAGGAAAUUAACAUAUGAAGAAGAUAUUCCUAUAGAAGAACGAGAAGCACCAUUGAAAAGCACCAUACAAGGUUCGGUUAAAUUACCAAUGUAUGCGGCAGCAGAAUAUGAAAUGGGUGAAUAUGUGGUAGAUAUCGACGUUGGAAACCCUCCAACAAAAUUGCGUUUAGUGGUUGAUACUGGGAGUGACCUUACAUGGGUUAAGUGCAAGAAAGAAAAUCGUCGAAACUUUUCUAACAACGAAGCUCUUAAUGUUGACAAGUCUUUAACCUAUAAACCUAUCUCUUGCGAGUCUGCUUUGUGUAAAGAAGAAUUCACUUCUCUUUCGUCUCUUGACGUUUGUCCCAAUGUCAAUGCUCCAUGCCUUUAUAAUUACAGUUACGGCGAUAAUGGUUUAUGGACAUAUGGCAUGUUCGGGAAGGACAUAACAACCCUUCCCACCACCACUGGUAAACCAGUAAAGCUACCGAACUUGUUGAUUGGAUGCUCUGAAUCAUUUACAGACAAGGACACAAUGAAGCAUGCGGAUGGUGUACUUGGACUAGGAAUCAACCCCUAUGCCUUUUCACUCCACGCAGUGGUCCAGUUUGGAGGAUCUUUCUCAUAUUGUCUCGUCGACCACCUUAGCCCUACAAAUGUCACUAACUAUCUUAUCUUUGGAGAUUAUAAAGAAAAGGCACCAACACAAGAGUUCAUGCGGUAUACUGCCUUACUUGUUAGCGACUCAGCUCCUUACUAUUGGCUCAAUGUGAAGGGAGUCAGCUUAAACCAUCGAAUGCUUAGUAUAGAUCCUAUUGUGUGGGAUCGUGAUGCAGAUGGUGGUACCAUCCUUGACUCAGGUACUGCUGCCACAUACUGGGCUGAACCUACCUAUCGAGCCAUCAUGGAUGUGUUAGUCCCAGCUCUUGAAAAGGAUCACCCAAAGAUUGAACAAUAUCGAGGAGAUGGUAAGCUAGAUUUCGAGUAUUGCUUUAACUCCACCGCCACACCAUUUAAUCAAAAACAAGUACCAAGGUUAGAAAUCCAUUUUAUGGAUGGGGCAAGGUUCAAACCACUUGUUAAGAGUUAUAUUGUUGAUGACGGCCCAGAUGUUAGUUGUAUAGGAUUUCUUGAGGCACCCACAGGUUUAAACGUUAUUGGUAAUAUCAUGCAACAAAAUUAUUUGUGGGAGUUCGAUCUUCACCAACAUACUAUAGGCUUUGUUUCUUCAACUUGUGAUUGAAGUUUUGUGAGUUCAAUUUUUUUCCCUACAUUCUAUAUGUAAUUCACUCCUAUUUCUUUAUUGGAUAUAAUACCCAUUGAUCACAUUAUAUUUCCAUUACUACUACUAAAAUAAGCAAUUACAACACCUAAACUAUUUAGUAGUACGUAGUAGGAUCAACAAUAGUACAAUAACAAGCCAAGUUAUCCAGGCUGCAAUCUUUAUAUUAGAUAAUGUGGUUAUUUGAUAUUUUAAAGCAUUCUAUUUAUUAA